AUGGUCGAUUCAUUCGACUUUGCACCUGCACUCAACUCACACAGCGGCGUUCUAUAUUUUUCUGGCCAAUCGGCAGGAAGGAAUUCAAACGCUUCCGGAACUGGUUCGUUGAAAACACUGACCCCCGCUUCGCGGACUAAUACGCGGACUACCCGUACGGACUACCCUAUAGACUACCCUACGGCCAACCCUACGGACUACCCUACGGACUACCCUCCUGACUACCCUACGGACAACCCUACUGACUACCCUACUGACUACCCUACGGAUUACCCUACGGACAACCCUACGGACUACCCUACUGACUACUCUACUGACUACCCUAUGGACAACCCUACGGACUACCCUAUGGACUACCCUACGGCCAACCCUACGGACUACCCUACUGACUACCCUACGGACUAUCCUACGGACAACCCUACGGACAACCCUACGGACAACCCUACGGAGAACCCCACGGACAACCCUACGGACAACCCUACGGACAACCCUACGGACAACCCUACGGACUACCCUACAGACUGCCCCACAGACUACCCUACGGACUUCCCUAAGGACUACCCUACGGACUACCCCACGGACUACCCUACGGACUACCCCACGGACUACCCUACGGACUACCCCACGGACUACCCUACGGACUACCCCACGGACUACCCUAGUUCUUAGGGUAGUCCGUAGUGUAUUUCGUCAAAAAGUUGAGAUAAAGAGUGGCGUGUCAGCAUCAGUUCAAUU